GAUCAACCCACAUCAGCCCCCCGCCUGCUGGAACCGAUGCUCGGGAACUGUUGGGACCCGGUUAGUGUUGGUGCUGGAGAGGUGGAGGAUCACGGUGACAGGGGAUCGCGGCGAACCCCCCGCCUUGUGCAACACAUCUUCUAUUCUGCGGUAAAGAUGGCGGCGUCAGAGGGGGCGCGUAGCGGCCGGACAACGGCAAAACGAUCCUGAAAAGCUCCAGAUUUGACCGAAUUUCGCUCGUCGGGUACCGUCAAUAUCUGCUCGGACACCAUCUGGAUCACCGGAAUAGAGACAAUCGCUGUCACACGCCGGGGUUGUGAUUUUAUUUGUUAAAGGUAGGGUGGGUGGGUUUCACUGAUAACUGCUAACGUUAGCUAACAGGCUAGCCAAGCGAGCUAAUACGGGCUAGUUAGCUCGUUGAAGAAGAGCGGGGAGGGGAUUGAGGAAGACUAUUCGGGCCAGGCCGCUCCAGCUUUGGGGGAAUGUGAACCAGAGGUGCGCAGGGGGUUUGCUCGCUUCGUCCCAAACGUCCUUACGCCAAACUACCGGGAUGGGACAGCAGGUAGGCCGCGUCGGUGAGAGCACAUCGACCGGACUCCAGCCACCACAGCCCCACGCGUCCCAACCGCACCAAGGGAAGGGGAACCGGGGGAGCGGCGCCGGGAGGAGACCCCGAGAACCCGGCAGUAGCACCGGGACACCGCCAGGCAGGGCUGCUGCAGUCAACGUGCCCGACCCAGGGAUCAACAUAUUCACGCAGCAUUCAGAAGCUCUCCACCGGCCGUUCGGCCUGGACUCGGCGGCGCUGACGGAGGCGGUGCGCUGGAGCUCUAAGGAGAACCUACUGGGGGCGGCCGAGAGUGACCCUAACCUCUUCGUUGCACUUUAUGACUUUGUUGCCAGCGGAGACAACACGCUCAGCAUCACUAAAGGUGAGAAGCUGCGUGUGCUGGGCUACAACCAGAAUGGAGAGUGGAGUGAAGUGCGCUCAAAGAACGGCCAGGGUUGGGUGCCCUCCAACUACAUCACACCAGUCAACAGUCUGGAGAAGCAUAGCUGGUACCAUGGACCCGUGUCACGCAGCGCCGCAGAGUACCUGCUCUCAUCCCUCAUUAAUGGCAGUUUCCUGGUCCGGGAAAGUGAGAGCAGUCCCGGACAGCUGUCAAUUUCUCUCCGCUAUGAGGGCAGAGUCUACCACUACAGGAUCAACACAGCCUCUGAUGGAAAGGUGUAUGUGACGUCUGAGAGCCGUUUUGCCACUCUCGCUGAGCUGGUCCACCACCACUCCACCGUAGCUGAUGGACUGGUCACCACCCUGCACUACCCAGCACCCAAAUGCAACAAACCCACAGUGUACGGAGUGUCACCCAUCCAUGACAAGUGGGAGAUGGAGCGCACAGACAUCACCAUGAAGCACAAGCUGGGAGGAGGCCAGUAUGGGGAGGUGUACGUGGGGGUGGUGGAAAAGUACAACCUCACGGUAGCUGUCAAGACACUCAAGGAGGACACCAUGGAAGUUGAAGAAUUUCUGAAAGAAGCAGCAGUUAUGAAGGAGGUUAAACACCCAAACCUAGUUCAGCUACUAGGUGUGUGUACGCUGGAGCCUCCGUUCUACAUUGUGACAGAGUACAUGCCACACGGCAACCUGCUGGACUACUUGAGAGAUUGUGACAAGGAGGAAGUGAACGCUGUGGUGCUGCUGUACAUGGCCACACAGAUCUCCUCUGCCAUGGAAUACCUAGAGAAAAAGAACUUCAUACACAGGGAUCUUGCAGCAAGGAACUGCCUGGUUGGGGAGAAUCACGUCGUCAAGGUUGCAGACUUCGGCCUGAGCAGGUUGAUGACUGGGGACACCUACACUGCCCAUGCUGGGGCGAAGUUCCCCAUCAAAUGGACCGCACCAGAGAGUCUUGCAUACAACACCUUCUCCAUCAAGUCUGAUGUCUGGGCAUUUGGGGUGCUGCUUUGGGAAAUUGCUACCUAUGGCAUGUCUCCAUAUCCUGGAAUCGAUCUGUCUCAGGUCUAUGACCUCCUUGAGAAAGGUUACCGGAUGGAACAGCCCGAGGGAUGCCCACCUAAAGUCUAUGAACUCAUGAGAGCAUGUUGGCAGUGGAGCCCAUUAGACCGGCCUUCAUUUGCAGAGAUCCACCAAGCCUUUGAAACAAUGUUUCAUGACUCCAGCAUCUCUGAAGAGGUAGCAGAGGAGCUCUGUAAGACGGCCUCCUCUGGUCACUGUGGACCACUGCACUCUUUCAGUCACGACAUGCCCCUGUUGCCUUCCAAAUCUCGCACACUCCACAAGCACACAGAAAACAAGGAAAACAUUGAGGGUGGACUCGACGGACGAUCUGACCACAGCACGCACAGUCACUCAGGCUGGGCUUCUUCUUUGUUUGGAGGGGACGGCCGAUCAGGCAGCUCCCCGGCUUUGCCUAGAAAACAGCAGUCACGAGAUAAAUCUCCGGCCAGCCUUUUAGAGGAUGCACAGGAUAUGGGCACAUUUACACGAGACCGCAAGACUGGCUUCUUUAGCUCCUUCAUAAAGAAGAAAUCUUCCUCCUCUUCCUCCUCCUCACCAUCCUCUCAGCUCCAACAGAACCUCCCGACGCCACCCAAGAGGAGCAGUUCUUUCCGAGAGAUGGAAACGCAGCCUCACAAGAAAUACGAGCCUACCGCUGAUUUCAGCGCUCCUCCUCCCCUACCCCAGUCAGACAGUCUUAGUGGGUUCUCUGCCUCUCCCUCUCACUCCCAUGGGGAACCCACCCAGGGUCAGUCACGCUGCUGUGGGGCUGCUUUUGGACAGAAACCCUCUAGUGGGGGCAUCGGUUCACAGGUGACGAGCGGCAGCAGUUGGGGUGGGUUGGCUGGUUUUUUCACCCCUAGACUCAUAAAAAAGACCCUGGGACUACGGACAGGAAAGACAACCUCUUCAGAGGAUGGUGGAAGUAUAGCUAGUGGGUCUAAACCCUUCCCUAGGUCCAAUUCUACCUCCUCGAUGUCUGCUGGGCUGCCAGACCUGGAGCGCAUGGCUCUGACUUUACCCAGGAACCGUAGUGCUAAACCCCCUCUAGAGAGGACUGCCUCCACAACGUCGCAGCCAGAGAACGGGGCUGCUCGGCCCUCAGAAACUCUGCUGAGGCGGAUGGAUGAGGGGACUGCACAGAUCAGGGAAAGGCCCAAAGCCAAGCUACUACCCCGGGGCUCUGCUGCAGGGGUGAGGGCACCAGGAGUUGGGGGGAGGUGGGGGGAAUCGGCCAGGGAGGGUAGAGAGGAGAGUGGGGGAGGACUGGACAGGCAGCAGAGUUGGUCAUCUCCCUCUAAGACUUGUAGUUUGAGUGCUCCAACAGCUGCAACAGGUGCACCAACUCACAACCACAAAGUCCCAGUCCUGAUCUCCCCCACGCUGAAGCACAGCCCAGCUGACGUGCACCUGGUCGGGCUUGACUCUCAGGGGAACCGCUUCAAACUGCUGUCUGAGCACCAAGCAGACCGGGACAGGCCGCGGCUUGUAAAACCCAAGUGUGCUCCUCCUCCCCCUCCCACUCUGCGCAGCCUACAGCACUCCUACAGCGGCGACGGAGAGGAGCAGGUAGGAGGAGCACCUGUGGAAGUAAACGGAGACACAUUGAAAGGCCACAGGUCAGGGCGAAUGUCAGGAGGAGCGACGACGGGCAGACCGUCAGUGCCACCACCACAAGUGCCUCCUGCAUCUUCCUCCUUUUCCUCGUCUUGCUCUGCCACCACCAACACAACUCCCACAAAAAUGGCCAAUGGAGCCACCACCACUGCCUCCUCCUCCUCACACGCAGCUGGUUCCAAAGUGGCACUUCGGCGGACCAGGCAACAAGCAGAGAGGGUGCCCCUGGAGCGGGUGAGUCGCGAAGCCCUGCUGGAGAGCGCUGAGUGCCUGAGCAGCGCCCUCCAUGCCAGCUCCGAAAGCCCCGCCAGCAGCCAGGUGCUGGAUGCUGGCCACCAGCUGCUAGACUACUGCUCAGGUUAUGUGGACUGCAUCCCUCAGAUGAGGAACAAAUUUGCCUUCCGAGAGGCAGUGGGGAAGCUGGAGCUCAGCCUGCAGGAACUGAGGGCCUCGUCCUCGGGAGGUGGAGGGCUGAGCAGUGUCGGACCCAACACUGUACUGGACAACCUGCACAGCUGUAUUAAAGAGAUUAGGGACGUAGUACAGAGGUAGCCACUGUGACACCAACUGUCUCCUCUGACUACCUGACAGAUCGCUUAUAUUCCCUUUUUUUUAUGUUUCUGGUUCUAUUGACACCUUUUUGGGGGACAAAAUGAGAAGAAUCUCUUAAGUACCUCAGAGAAAUCACUACAAAAAAUUUAAUCUUUUUAUUGUUUACAAACAACCGUUUCAUAAAAUGCCAGUGUGGACACUAAUUUUGCUCUGACCUGUACAUAUUGAGAAAUGUUUAUACCAAACAAAAUGUGGUUUGAGUCACACCAUGAAAUGUUUAGCCCCAUGUCUCAACCCGGCCUCAAUAAAGGCCUCUUUGUUAAAUGAAUGUCGAGUGUAUCAGCUGUGUGUAGCCAGCCCAGAGAGUAGGUCUCACUGUGCUUAUCUGUCAGUGUGUCACAUACUGAGCGAGAAUGGUGAUGGUUGUGCCCAGCCUUACUGAGAAUACUAGACAACUGUUUUCACUGACUAAGCUCCAACGGUGUUUCACAAAUGCGUGAAUCAUCAGUUGGGUGUGCUGUUUCACAGUAGAGAAUUUUGCUCAGUGUCUGGGGAACUGAGUGUGACCGUAAGCCAUUUUUUAAGCCAUUGUAUUCUAAAGUAUCGGAAAUUACAUCAACAUCAGGAUUCAAUAUAAUUCAAGGUUUCGGGGUCUCAAUUUAACACUUGUUCAUAGAUUGCUACAGACAUUUUUAGGGUAGGUGGACAAAUGCGAUAAAAUUAUAACUUCUUCUUUUGUUGCUAUCGGAUUAAAGCCUUUUUGUUGAGCGUAAUCUUUAAAGAAUAAUCAACUGUUGAUGCUGACAUUCCCACGUGUCCACACCAGGUGAGACCGUUAAGAAAAGACUGAAGGGAUCACUUACAUCAUUAAAAGUUGUGUGCAUUUGACAAGCGUGUAAAUAAGCUCAAGUGAACAGUAAAGGUUUACGUUUCAGUAAUACCAAAUAGGCUUAUCAAAUCUAAAAGAAAGAUUUAUAUGAAUCUAUUUUGUUUAUUUCCCACAACACUAAAACAUAAUAAAUGAAUGUGGGGUGUCUUUAUCAUAUGCACAGCAAUUGUGUCGCUUCAGUGACGUGACUGAUGUUCACACCUUAACACAGUGCCACAUAAAUGGGGGGGGGGGUCCCCUAAAGCAUUUCAAUAUUUAUGUCCAGUUAUUCUUGCACACUUACAUUUCUUCCUUGUUUGAUGGAGUGUAAAAGAGUGGAGCGAGGAGAGGGAGGGCACAGGGUAGCGCAUGAGGAGGUGAAUUGGGACAGUAUUUCUAUAAGUGUCCUUCUGAGUAUGGACAGUGCUGGAUUCCCUGUAGCCUUGUCGUGGCCUCAGUGCCUCAAAUUCUUCAAUGUAUGAACACUGCGAAAUGCAGAGACCUACUUUACACUAAUCACACAGUACUGAUCUCUCAACAAACAAACUGCAGUAUGUCUUCAGCACAUGAGCGAUUUGUACAUUAUUUGGUUCAAAGAAAAAUGCUUUUAGAAUGUCUAUGUAUGAACUUGAAUUUUAAAUUAUUCCUGUUUUUUUUUUUAUUAAAAGCACAGACCUAUUUUGAGAGAAAAGUUAUGUAAAUAUUUGAUUUAUUUCAUAUCCAGGAAACAAAAGAUUUAUGUGUGGUUACAGCAUAAAGAGCAAUGUUUUUGACUGAAGAGAUGUAUUGCAAGACUGAGGCUCAUCCACCCAGAUCUGAAUAUCUGCUUUAUGAAUGUAUUAUUCUUCCGUUCUGAACCCGGUCGAAUGUUCAUCUGCAUGACUCUUUAAACUCUUAAGGUGCCAUUCUUUUUUUAUUUAUUGUCAUUUUUAUUUGCCCAUACUUAAAAUUUUGGUCACUCUAAAGAAUUAAGUCCAGAAACAGCUGCUCUGUUUAUUUUAUUUUUUUUAGCACAAACAAAAACUGUGUACAGUGCACACACAACUCAGAUAUUUUUUUUUAUUUUCUUUAUUUUGGCUCACAUCUUAAUGUACACUGGAUAAGGCCUCAGACACAUCAGCUCAUUGACACAUGUUGGAUACGAAUACUACAAAAUCUAAUCUGUAAACACUGCAGGUCCAUAACACUUUCAACAUGUCUGUUAUUGACACUUGAUGGAUUGCCAAGUAAAAGUUUUUGUCAACUUGUUUUGUGGUGCAUUCAUAUCAUUUCAUGCUAUUAUGUGUCAGUAUAAAUGUCCAAUUUCUUGCCAAACAGGAUCCUUUGAGACAAACUGAUGAUUAAUUUAUAAUUCACUGUGAGUUUCAAAUAACAUGGAUGAAAAAUAGCCAUCUUUUUUUUUUUUUAUGAUUCUUGGUGCCUUUUUGUGAACAAAUAAUUUAUGUACAGUACACUAUCACUGCAACAGGCAUGGCAACGUCAAAGUCCAUCAUUAACACAUUCACGUGUCUUCUUUACUUUGCCAUGAGAUUGCGAUAAAUAAAAGUGAAAAUAUUACUACAGCAUGCAUUUCUGUCAUUCGGAGGUUUAAUGGUCAGAUGCAAACUUGAAACCGAAACGGUGCACUUUGUCUAUUAAGAUUAUGUAUCUAGAUGCUCAGUUACUAAUGCCAUUUAUUAGUGGCCAUUAACACUGUUAGUGCAGCCACACCUGGUUAAAUGACACAUACGAGUCUGCUGCACUAAACCCAAGCUGCUCUGUUGUCUCAUACUCUGACCACAUCAAUAGUUUUGUCUAAAAAUGUUUCUUUAUAUUUGCCAAGCACCAGUCUGGCCUCUUUGCCUGUUAAUUUUCUGUUGAUUUUUAGUGUAUCUCUAUGGAGCAGGUUUCACUAAAAGCCUUAUCAAAGAGUGAUAUAUAACCUUCCAGAGUCAAACACAUUUCCAGUCUGGACUAUUAUUGUUAUUUUUUUUAAGAAAUAAAUCAUGUAGAAAUUCAAUAAAUGAUUACAAUGUUAGUAAAUUCACUUGGUACCGCUGUUUUUCCCUCGAAUCUGAUGCGAUGCUGUUGGACACAAAUUUCUGCUUAUUCUCAUUAUCAGUCUUCUGCGUUGUCUUUCUUUAUGUUGUCUGCAUUUAUCCUGUAUAUCUGUUUUUUUUCCUUUCUGUCUCCCUGUUUUGGAGAACAGCUCUGGAGAACGUGUGUACACAUCAUUAUACCAAAGGCCACUUCUUCAGUUGUACGAGUGCAAUGUAAACCAACACACACAAUAAUGGAAUAUGUGAAUCUAAACAGGGAUGAAAAAAUGGCAGAGAUGUUAACAUUAACUUUUUUAUUGUACAAAAUAUAUAUUUUGUGUUUUUUUUUUUAUUUAAAGCUCACGUUAUAUUACUGUGAAGUUUUGCUUAUCAGUGUUAAGCCUAUUGUAAAUAAUAAAGAUAUUGAUGAAUACUG